UACAAUAAAAUACUUUAUAAGUAAUAAUUAUCAAAUUACUUCACAAAUGGCAAAAGCUAACACACCUGGAUUUUUGACUACAUCGACGGAAACGACUCCAACAUCUCAAAACGAAAUAAGCGACAUUACUUUAACAACCCGAUCCCCAUAUGGUUCAAGUGAAGAAAAUUCUACAGCAAUUACAACAACGACAGAAUCAAUUUAUCAUAAUCUUCAGAACUAUUUAAUCUGUAUUAAUUCUGACAAGGAAACGUUUAUGAAUUCAUCUGUAUCUUACGAUGCAUAUAUUAGCAUUGUAUAUAAUAAUGAUACGAAAAUUACCUAUAUAAUUCUAUCACAGAUUCGAAGCGAAGAUUUUCAACUUCUAUACUUUUCUAAUCCAAAUAAAAUUAACUUUGUCAACAUGGAAACGAUCGCGGCUACUACCGAGGGAGAGAUAACAGUGCCUAUAGAACACUUGGACUGUAAUACUGCCUAUGUUUUUUGUUUAAUGAUAGAUAACGAUUAUACUUCGCCAUUCAACUGUCCGUCAUACUAUACUGGGAUCUGUACACAAAAACAGUUGAGUUGGGUUAAGGACAACUGUUUCUUAAUUAUAAGUGUUACCCUAGGCGGUAUUUUUUUAUUUGCAAUAUUAGGAAUGUUCACAAUGUACGUUGCACUCUGGCUACGACCAACUUGGCUCCUAAAGAGUAAACAGCUGUUGCGUCCAUCUACAAACUCACCCAGAAUAAGUUUUGUGUGUAAAGAUGAUGACAAACGUCCUAACGGAGGGUUACGCAGAAGUUCCGAUUCAAAGAGCACUGUUACUGAAUAUGAAGCUUACUAUCGACACUUGAAAAAGGCAACACUUCGGCUGACAGAAUCAAAUAAAUACAAUAUCCCGCCUCAAGAGCAUGCACCUUUAAAGCCGCCUGUCGAGUGUCCAAAAAGUUCCCUACGCCCAGACACAUAUGUCUAUGAAUCUUUUGAUCUGUAUGAAGAAUUAUUAUAAUUGGGCAGAAGAAAAUCGA